UCCACUAGUAGGUUAGGGUUUGGGGGAUUUCGGUGGAUGGAAGCGACGACAUCCUGGUAGAUCUUGCUCCAGGAGGGAAGAUCGAUAGGCGCGAAUGGAUCCGCAGCUGCAUUUCCUGCUGGGAUUACUAUCAUUGUGCUGCUGCUGCGCGGCUUUGACUCUCGGAUCUGGCCGCGCCUUGCUUGAUGCAGCUCACUCGUACAAUGAUGGCGAUAAGGUGCCCCUGUACGCGAAUAAAGUCGGGCCUUUCCACAACCCGAGCGAGACUUAUCAGUACUAUGAUCUUCCAUUCUGUGCUCCCGCGGAGGUGAAGCACAAGAAAGAAGCCAUGGGGGAGCUCCUUGAGGGAGAUCGCCUGGUGUCCACUGUGUACGAGAUUAACUUCAAGGAGAAGAAGGACGUGCAAAAGCUUUGCUCGGCAACUCUCGACAGGAAGGACAAGGAACGGUUUCGCAAAGCUGUGGAGAAUGACUAUUAUUUCCAGAUGUUCUUCGACGAUCUGCCGCUCUGGGGAUUUAUUGGAAGGUUUGAGCUCUUUGAUAAACAAAAGCACUACAUGCUGUUCACUCACGUCCACUUUGAGGUUCGCUUUAACGGCAAACGAGUGAUUGAGAUCGCUGUUUCUACAGACCCGGCUAAAGCCAUCGAGAUCACGAAUGACGAUCCAGUCCCAGUUGACUUUACAUAUUCCGUCACCUGGGCCGAAACUACUGUUCCAUUCGAGAGGCGAAUGGAGAAAUACCAGAAGUACUCGUUUCUGCCACAACAUCUUGAGAUUCACUGGUUCUCUAUCGUCAACUCGUGUGUUACGGUUCUUCUGUUAACGGGGUUCCUGACUACGAUUUUCAUGCGAGUAUUGAAGAAUGACUUUGUCAAGUACGCCAAGGAAGAUGAAGAAGGUUCGGACGAGACGGGAUGGAAAUAUAUACAUGGUGAUGUCUUUCGAUUUCCUCCUCAUCCAAAUGUUUUUGCGGCGGUCAUUGGAAGCGGCACUCAGCUCCUGGUUCUCGUCUUUUGCGUCUUCAUGCUGGCCUUAGUGGGAGUAUUCUAUCCAUACAACCGUGGCUCCCUCAACACGGCUUGCCUCAUUAUAUAUGCGCUUACUGCUGGCAUUUCCGGCUACGUCUCCUCCAAGUUGUACAGGCAAAUGGGGGGAGAUAAAUGGGUUCGGAAUUUGUUAUUGACAGCAUCAUUGUUUUGUGGCCCGCUGUUCUUAGCCUUUUGCUUCAACAAUUCUGUGGCUAUCGCCUACAAUGCUACUGCUGCACUUCCCAUCGGUACAAUUCUUGUCAUCACAAUCAUUUGGGCUCUCGUGACGCUGCCAUUAACUGUUCUUGGUGGGAUCGUUGGCAAGAAUAGCAAGGAGGAGUUUUAUGCUCCUUGCCGGACAAAUAAAUUUCCUCGUGAAGUUCCAUCCUUGCCGUGGUUUAGGAGGACUAUUCCCCAGAUGUGCAUGGCAGGAUUUCUCCCGUUUAGUGCAAUCUACAUCGAGCUUUACUACAUAUUUGCGAGUGUGUGGGGACACAAAAUCUACACGAUUUACAGCAUACUUUUUGUGGUGUUCAUCAUACUGAUAAUCGUCACGGCUUUCAUCACGAUCUCUCUGACGUACUUUCAGCUGGCCAUGGAGGACCACACUUGGUGGUGGAGGUCCAUUUUUUGUGGUGGCUCGACCGCUUUCUUCGUCUACGGCUACUGCUUCUACUACUACUUCGCCAGGUCUGAUAUGACCGGCUUGAUGCAGACAUCGUUCUACUUUGGCUACAUGGCGUGUGUCUGCUAUGGCUUUUUCCUAAUGCUCGGUACUGUCGGCUACCAAGCGUCUCUCCUCUUUGUUCGACACAUAUACAAGGCAAUCAAGUGCGAGUAGGGAAGUAGCAGCACCACUGAGAUCAACCAAAACAGAAGGCACGGUUGAAGAGGUCUCUUAGAGUGUAAGCAAGUUCUUUUUUUUUCUCAUGGCAAUCUCAAACACAGUUCUUACUGA